AUGUCUCGGCCUGGAGACAGGACCGAUGACCUACCCUGCUCGGAGGAACGCUCAAUACCAAGGUUAAGAGGGAAACAGAUAACUGAUGCUUCAGGUACGUUCGACAGCAGCGACAACAGUUAUAACAACGACGACAGCAGCGACAGCAAAAACACCAAUAACAACGACGACAGCAGCGACAACAAAAACACAAAUAACAACGACGACAGCAGCGACACCAAAAACACCAAUAACAACGACGACAGCACCGACAACAAAAACACUAAUAACAACGACGCCAGCAGCGACAACAAAAACACCAAUAACAAGGACGACAGCAGCGACAACAAAAACACUAAUAACAACGACGCCAGCAGCGACAACAAAAACACCAAUAACAAGGACGACAGCAGCGACAACAAAAACACUAAUAACAACGACGCCAGCAGCGACAACAAAAACACCAAUAACAACGAAGACAGCAGCGACAACAAAAACACAAAUAACAAAGACGACAGAAGCGACAACAAAAACACAAAUAACAACGACGACAGCAGAAAUAAUGGCCACGACGAAAACAACAACAGCGACGACGAAAACAACAACAGCGACGACGAAAACAACAACAGCGACGACGAAAACAACAACAGAGACGACGAAAACACCAACAGCGACGACGACUAUAAAGCAAUAGCAAGAAUAAUGGCCACGACGAAAACAACGACAGCGACGACGAAAACAACAACAGUGACGACGGAAAACAACAACAGCGACGACGAAAACAACAACAGUGACGACGAAAACAACAACAGCAACGACGAAAACAACGAAAGCGACGACGAAAACAACAACAGCGACGACGAAAACAACAACAGUGACGACGAAAACAACAACAGCGACGACGAGCGAGAGUAA